AUGACGGACCGCAAAUCUCUCGAUGUCGGCCCCAACGGCAAGGACAAGUCUAAGCCUAAACCCAGUGUAGCUGUCAAAGAGGGCACUCCUAAAGACCAAAAUGGCAACGGCGCGCAAAAGACUAGCCCCAAGAAGCGCCGCAAGGUCAACCACGCCUGCGUCUAUUGUCGCCGUUCUCACAUGACUUGCGACCUUGAGCGACCUUGCACCAGAUGCAUCAAGCGAAAUAUUGGCCAUCUCUGCCACGACCAACCUCGCGAGAGCGACAUCAAGAAGCCGAAAUCAUCCAAACAGGACUCCAUCGACGAAUCCGAGGCUGCUUCGACAACGUCCACCAUGGGCCCUCCGCCGGCAUUCGACGGCCGACAGCGUUCCGACUCUGGCUUCGGCGGUGUCCUUGGCCAGGGCAGCAGCGGUCUUGGCAUGGUCCCCAACCUCGACCUGCAGCCCAGUGCCAUCAAUCCCACUGGUAACAUGAACCAGUUCGCUGGCUUUUCCGAUGCUUGGCUCACGGCCCAGAACUUCAACGGCAUGAAUCAGUACAAUCCCAACUACAUGGUUGGCGACAAUGUCAACGAGUUUAAGCUCCUCAAUGACUUUCUCAACAGCAACCUUCUCGACGAGCCUGGUAUCGCGCCAGAUGACACUCAGACUACAACGCCGACGUUUGUCCGCAGCCAGUCUGAACUCGCCGCCAGCUUCAACGCCGCGCAGUCUGGCUCCCCAAACCUCACCACCUCCAUGCCCCCGCCGCCUCCCGCCGGCGCGGCUUCGGCUAGUACCCCCGGUCGCCCGCGCUCGUCGCGCAUCGCUGCCGCCGCCGAUAAGGACAAGGAGCGCGAGUACUACCUGCAAGCCGCCGACCCGGCGGGUAACGCCAUUGGCGAGGAGCGCAUGUCGCGCGUGCUCAUGGCCAAGUACGACGCGGGCCUCCUCAAACCCUUCAACUAUAUCAACGGCUACGCGCGCCUCGGCAAGUACCUCGAUGGGCACAUUGCUGCCUCGUCGAAACAAAAGAUUCUUCGCACCAUUCACCAUUUCCGACCCAAGUUUAGGGAAAAGGCCCAGGGACUCACGGAUUUGCAGCUGCUCUAUGUCGAGAUGUGGUUUGAGCGCCAGCUCAUGGACUAUGACCGUGUCUUUGCGAGUAUGGCCGUGCCAGCCUGCUGUUGGCGACGGACGGGUGAAAUUUUCAGAGGAAACAAAGAAAUGGCAGAGCUCAUCAACGUUCCCGUUGACCAAUUACGCGACGGCAAGAUUGCGCUUCACGAGAUUCUGACCGAAGAGUCCAUGGUCCGCUACUGGGAGGAAUUUGGCACCAUUGCCUUUGACCCCUCCCACGACACCUUGCUCACGGCGUGCUCGCUGAAGAACCCCAGUGACUCGUCGGACCACCCGAUCAUAAAGUGCUGUUUUUCGUUUACUAUUCGGCGUGACGAGCAUAAGCUGCCUGCGCUCAUCGUAGGAAACUUCUUACCACAUGAUCCGCCCACGCCAGAAUAA